UUAUGAAUGAAAAAUGGCUGAAAAUAAAGCUGGUGUACGAUUUCUGAAUAAAAUUGCUAUAGUUACAGGCGGAUGCCAGGGAGUUGGAAAGGGAAUUCUGGAUGUACUUUUGGAGCAGGGCGGGAAGGUUGCUGUGUUUGACAUUAAUGACAAGCUUGGCUCAGAACUGACGACUUCCGGCCCAGGAAUUGUGAAAUAUGUUCACUGUGACGUGCGAAAUGAGGCGGAAGUUAAGAGGUCGAUAGCAUCCGUUGUUGAAGCAUUUGGUGGACUGGAUCUUCUUGUGAACAACGCUGGAUAUGCAAAUCCAGCAAAAACGAUAGACGAUUCAGAAAUAAGUGCUUUCCAAGACCUGCUAAACCUAAAUCUAGUGGCUUAUUUCACCAUGUGCAAGUACUCCCUACCGCACCUGCGAAAGACAAAGGGCAGCGUUGUAAACAUUUCCAGUAUCCUUGGUUCUACCGUUGGACCGAAACACAUGAGCAUGUACUGCGCAACAAAAGGUGGCGUAACAGCUUUAACAAAAUCGUUGGCCUAUGACGAAUCAGUACAUGGAGUUCGGAUAAAUAGUAUAGCGCCAUCUGUGGUCAGAACGCCGCUUCUGGAAGAAUUUGCUUCAUCAUUACCGGAUCCACAAAAACAGAUCAAGAACUGGGAAGACAGUGUACUGCUAAGGCGCCUUGCUGAGCCAAAAGAGAUCGGACUGGCAUGUCUUUACCUGGCUGUAGACGCUACAUUCACCACGGGCUUUGAGCUUAACUGCACAGCUGGGUCUGAAAUCGGAUAUGGAGUUAAACAAUAA